UGUUGAGAUAAGCUUCCGCACUAUCCCUAUCCAUCUUCCAUUGUUCUUAAUAAUGAACGUUUCCAUUAUCCUUGAGCUACUUACUCGCGAUAGCCUUGUUCUUCUUAGCCGAGCCGCUCCGAAAUGACCCGAUUUGCCAUCGACCGGACGGCCAUUGUGGGAAGAAGGAAAAAGAGAAGGAGGUGCGUGUCGAACUAAGGAAGGGAUGGUAUUGGCUGAUGUCUUGGGAUGUGCUUUUUUCUCUUUUGCUUUCUCCGUGCCCACGCGGUUAAGUAAACUACGGUAGGAGAUAUCGUCCGUGAUUCUCAUCUUGGCUCGCUCAAGGGUAAUUACUCAUGCCGAAUGUCGGUCAACUCCAUUGAGACUGCUAUGAAGACAAAUGAGAGGGCCCUACCGGCGAGAGAUCCGCUGCGCGAGAAAGGGGAGGGGCAACCAAAUUAGCAGCUUUUCCGCGGGUGGUAGAUAAAAACAGAUAACCACUCCUAACUUUAAUUCAAACGAGGUUUGGCGACUGGGCCGUGCUGGCUUGUUGAGAGUUACUCCAGGAUUGGAAGUUUGAUUUGAGGGUUAUCAUCGUCGGAGGAGUGAUUUCGGUGAGCGGGGAAUCACACAGGGGGUAUCGUACAUGGGCGUUAGAUUCUGGCGAUGUUCAUGUGAAAAGGAGAAACUCUCCCCGACGCGAGUAGGUGGGAGAGAGUACACUUGUUGCUUUAAGCUACACUAUUUCAUAUACAGCGGUGGGCGCUGGCAGAGAGCGCAGCUUAUCAUUGUUAUAUCUUUAAAGUUUUUCUCUUCUCGGUAGCACCACCUUGAAGAUUGCAUCUGUUUUGUGAGGGGAGACUUUGAACAACAACAGCAGACGGUUGCAAUGAUUGGGGUUUUCAUAUCAAGCGGCCAAUUGGCUCUCCUUUUUUUCAUCUUAUCUGGUUUAAUAUCCAGGAUACUGUCGUUACAGGCCUUCCAGCUCAGAGAAUUCGAUGACAGACGAUUAGAGAAGAAUAGAAAUUCAUACACAAGUAAGAUCGGCCCACCGCCCUUUAUUGCCAGGCCUCCGCCUGGGUACUCGGUAUUUGAUCUCAUUCAAAUAGCUGAAAAUGAACGUGUUGCCUUCUCAUCAUAUCCUACAAACUUCAAGCCAAAGGUACCUCUUCUACCACCACCAAAAAGAUCACCAGCUGAAUAUUUAAAAGAAAACAGGGCGCAAUCAGUCUUCACAAAGAGAUCGUGCGAGGAAAUAAGCCGAUGGGAAAAACUCAGCCAGGGCAUCAACUUCCAUUCAGCAGAAGUAGACGUCUACGAAGGACAGUGGUUUUGGGUCACGCGUUGCGUCAGGCAGGUCGAUCCCACACAAAACGGGUACACGGAAUGCUAUGGGGUGGCUCGGAGUAAUGAAAUCGCCGACGGAUCUUGCGUGGAGACAAUUGGCUGGAUUCUCGCUUAUUCAAGAUUAAAAUCGGAUCCCUUUGGAGAGUACGAGUGGGACUACAUAGCGGUUCCGAAUUGCUGUUCGUGCAAGAUUGAGCUAGCACCUGGGGAACAAGUAUUAGGUUAACUCGUCAUCCAAACAUGUCUUUAAGUUUUUAUUUUUUCACUUACCAGUUUUCAGGAUAUUUAAAGUAUUAUUAUAUUAAACCUAAAUUUACCACAUAUGUUCUUCACCAGGGCUGUGUUAUAAUUAAAUAUUUUUAAUCAAUUCAAUUAUAUUUCAAUUCAAUUCGAUUCAAUCCAAUUCAGGGGAGGGGG